UUUCUGUUCACAAAUUUUCCACCGGAUGCAUUCAACAAUUUUUUUUUUUGUUCCAGAUAUCGACGAAUGUGCAGAUCCAGCAAUCGCCUCCAGGUGCGUUGAGAACGCAGAGUGUUGCAAUUUACCAGCGCAUUUUCUAUGCAAAUGCUCACCAGGAUUCACAGGUGAUGGUGAAGUCCAAUGUGUAGGAUUCGAAGGUGACCCGUACACACAUGGCUGCCUGGACAUGGACGAAUGUUCUAGAGGUCAGCCGUGUGGACGCGACGCCAUUUGUAGCAACCUAGAAGGCAGCUUUAGGUGCGCAUGCCCUCCCGGAUUCAUUGGAGACCCGAUGUCAGAGUGCACAGGUACGUCUUGCAUGAGAACUCAUAUCACAUCUUGUACAUACUCUGUAAAUAGUACUUUCGGAACAAACAUGUAA